AUGAGUCAGUCGACCAAGGCACCGAAGCUGCAUGGGCGGGCUUUCUACGAGAGCAUCGGCAGCCCCAAGCUGAUCCUGGCGCCCAUGGUCGAGCAGAGCGAGUUUGCGUGGCGCUUGUUGACGCGCUCCUUCCUCCCGGCCGACCAGAACAAGCAGUUGCUUGCCUACACGCCCAUGUUCCACGCCCGUCUGUUCCAUGAGAAUCCCAAAUACCGCGAAACCCACUUCCAGCCAUUGAAGACGUCCAUGCCCGAAGCCCCCGUCCCAUACCACGAGACUCAGUUCGACCAUAAGGACCAUCAUCUCGAUGGCAAUCACGAAACCGAUCGUCCUCUAUUCGUCCAAUUCUGCGCCAACGACCCCGACGACUUGCUCGCCGCCGCUCGUCAUGUCCAGCCCUUUUGCGAUGCCGUUGACCUCAACCUCGGCUGUCCUCAGGGCAUCGCUCGCAAAGGCCACUACGGUUCCUUCCUGCAGGAGGACCAAGACCUUAUCUACAGACUCAUCAACAACCUCCACCUCAAUCUCGACGUCCCAGUCACCGCCAAGAUUCGCAUCCUCGACACGCCCGAAAAGACUCUGGACUAUGCGAAAAUGGUUCUGUCUGCAGGUGCCAGCAUCAUCACCGUGCAUGGCCGCCAGCGCCACCAGAAGGGACACAACACAGGCUUGGCCGACUGGACUGUUUUGCGUUAUCUGAGAGACAAACUUCCUGCCGACACUGUCAUGUUCGCCAAUGGAAACAUCCUACGUCACGAAGAUAUCCCCGCCUGCCUCGAGGCCACUGGCGCCGAUGGUGUCAUGAGCGCCGAGGGCAACCUCUACGAUCCCUCGGUCUUUGCCCUCCCUCCUCCCGCCGGUCAAGAAGGACGAGAAUACUGGAGAGGUCAAGACGGUAGAGGUGGAUACCGCAUGGAUGCCGUGCUCAGACGCUACAUGGACAUUAUUCACAGAUAUGUGCUUGGUCAGGACCCGCCGACACGUAAACCCUUGUUCCUGCCUGGCCAUGACGAUGCCCCGAGUGAUACAACUACCCACGAGGCAGUACCCGAGAACGCUGUCGGUCAAAAGCGACCUGCCGAGGACGAGGUUCCGGAGACUGGGGCAGGAGACGAGCCGAAUGGCCAACAGCCUUCCAAGAAGCAAAAGCAGACCACGGGUGAAAGCCGCAAGAAGAACAAGCAAUGUACGAAUCCCAACCUCACGCCGAUGCAGGCUCACCUCUUCCACAUGCUCCGGCCGUUGGUUUCCAAACACACAAAUGUCAGAGACGCUCUCGCCCGUUGUCGUGCUGGCGACAUUGUGGCAUACGAGAAUGUUUUGACCAUGGUCGAGGCUGCGGUCAAGGAGGGUCUGCUCGAGUACGAAAAUGCCCAGCCCGAAGAAGUCGAAGGCGAGCCACAAGUCCGACCCGAGGUAGAUGCAACAAAGGACGAGAGCUCGUUAGCGGCUGUUGCAUGGUGCAAAAGGCCAUGGUUCAUUUGCCAGCCAUAUGUGCGACCGCUGCCAAAGGAAGCUAUGGAGAAGGGGUCGCUGCAACUCACCAAGAAGGAGAAAGAAAGGCAGAUGCGCGAGAAGGAGGAGAACAAACAAGCAGGUCUAGUGCCGGAGGGUAGAGUCGAAGUGCAAGAGAACCAUGGUGAGAAGGUAGAAGUGCCAAAAGAGGGCAUGGUUUGUGGUUGA